AUGGCUUCCUCACAGCCUGAUUCGCCGUCCGAUUCUGAGCAUGAAGCUAUUCCCGAGUCCCCGCCGAUGCCGCCAAGCCUCCAUGACGCGCCGCCAAGCCUCCAUGACGCGACGCCAAGCCUCCAUCACGCGCCGCCAAGCCUCCAUGACGCUAUUCCCGAGUCCUACACCUUCCCGCUGCCUCCUUUACCUCAGCAGUACGAUACGCCUAAGCAAGGAAUUGUCGCGAUCAAUAUCUUCGGCCGCCAGCAUGGCUACGCAGUCUCAACUCUUCGGUCGAAA